CCGUCGGUCAUAUUUGACUGUUCCACUUGCAGUUGACCCACUGUUGAGGACAGCAAGUAGUACAUUCUAAAACAUCUCUCUCUUACAGGCAGCCAAGUUGGUCAUGGCGGCUACAAAGCUACAAGGCUUUGAGUUCUGGAGGACCACGCUGAAGGGAGCGCGUUACGUCGUCGCACCCAUGGUGGACCAGAGCGAGCUGGCUUGGCGUCUCCUGAGCCGCCGCCAUGGCGCCGAGCUGUGCUACACCCCCAUGAUGCACGCGCAGGUGUUCGUGCGGGACGCCAAUUACCGGAGAGACAACCUGUACAGUGAAGUGUGCCCCGAAGACAGGCCACUUAUUACACAGUUCUGCGCCAACGACCCAGAGGUGUUUGUCAAGGCAUGUCUGCUGGCACAAGACCACUGUGACGCCAUCGACCUCAACCUUGGAUGCCCUCAGAUGAUUGCUAAGAGAGGGCACUAUGGAGUCUUCCUCCAGGACGAAUGGGAUCUGUUGGAGAAAAUGGUCACGCUAGCCAACGAGAAAAUCUCUGUCCCCAUCACAUGUAAGAUCCGUGUGUUCAGCGAGAUUGAGAGGACUGUUCAGUACGCUCAGAUGCUGGAGAAGGCUGGCUGCCAGUUGCUGACCGUUCACGGUCGGACCAAGGACCAGAAAGGACCCUCGACGGGCGUGGCUAGUUGGGAGCACAUCAAGGCUGUACGGGAAGCCGUCAACAUCCCGGUGUUUGCUAACGGCAACAUCCAUCACCUGAGCGACGUGGAGCAGUGCAUGAAGGAGACCGGAGUACAGGGGGUGAUGAGCGCAGAGGGCAACCUCCACAACCCGGCGCUGUUCGAGGGGCGUAGUCCUCCUGUAUGGGAGAUGGCUGAGGAGUACCUGGAGGUGGUCCACCAGCACCCCCCGUGUACCCUGUCCUACGUCAGGGCUCACCUCUUCAAGCUCUGGCACCACACGUAUGUCACUCACCCCCCGUGUACCCUGUCCUACGUCAGGGCUCACCUCUUCAAGCUCUGGCACCACACGUAUGUCACUCACCCCCCGUGUACCCUGUCCUACGUCAGGGCUCACCUCUUCAAGCUCUGGCACCACACGUAUGUCACUCACCCCCCGUGUACCCUGUCCUACGUCAGGGCUCACCUCUUCAAGCUCUGGCACCACACGUAUGUCACUCACCCCCCGUGUACCCUGUCCUACGUCAGGGCUCACCUCUUCAAGCUCUGGCACCACACGUAUGUCACUCACCCCCCGUGUACCCUGUCCUACGUCAGGGCUCACCUCUUCAAGCUCUGGCACCACACGUAUGUCACUCACCCCCCGUGUACCCUGUCCUACGUCAGGGCUCACCUCUUCAAGCUCUGGCACCACACGUAUGUCACUCACCCCCCGUGUACCCUGUCCUACGUCAGGGCUCACCUCUUCAAGCUCUGGCACCACACGUAUGUCACUCACCCCCCGUGUACCCUGUCCUACGUCAGGGCUCACCUCUUCAAGCUCUGGCACCACACGUAUGUCACUCACCCCCCGUGUACCCUGUCCUACGUCAGGGCUCACCUCUUCAAGCUCUGGCACCACACACUGCAGAUCCACCAGGACCUCAGGGAGGAGCUGGGCAAGGUGAAGAACGUGCAGGGUCUGGCCGAGGUCAGCCGACAGCUGAAGAUCCGCUGCCAGGAAGAAAUUGCCAAUGGAGGCGAGAAGGCGAGGCAGGGGGGCACGCUGCCAUUCCCUCAUUGGAUCUGUCAGCCUUACAUCAGACCAGUGUCCAAAGAUCCGGUGGCUAAUGGCAACGGGCGUUUGGGGUCAGAAGUGAAGACAGUGUGUCACAAGAGGUCAUUGUCCCAGGACUCGGACGGGCAGAUCGAUGGCCUUUCAAAAAAUCAGCAGAAGAAGAAAGCCAGAAACCCAUACAAGAACUUCUGUAGCGAGCAGAGACAGAAGUACAUCAAGUGUGAACAGUGUGGAAACCCUAAGGGUAAUAAGUGUGUGUUCAACCUGUGUCGAGCCUGCUGCAAGAGGAAGGCAUUGAAGGAGGUGGCUGACUGCUUAACUCACCAUCUGAUGUUCAAAACGAAAGCAGAGAAACGGAAAGCAGGGGUGGAGGAAGGAAAGCUGGACGCUGUGCCGGAGGGCAGGAACGGGACAUUGGUGAAUGGGACAGCCACCAUCCCGACAGACUCCCAGCCGCAGACCAGAGAACAGGGUGAAGCCCAGUCCAGAUCGGUUGGAGGCAUCUUUCCACCCCUUGGCGGUGCUAGCACAAGUGGGCGUGUGCACAUGGACUUCCAUUCAGACGUCGCACCCCUGGAGGGUGCCGGAGAAAACCCUUCUCUAUUAGAUUUGUAGUUGUACAGAGACGGAUCUAUGACAUUUCAAAGAUACAAUCACAUGUCCUUCUAUCUACAAUACACACACACUGUAAGAGUUCGCUUCUUCCUUUGGGCUGUGGCGGUGUUGUUGGAUUAGUGCCACUUGUAAUACGAUUGUAACAUUCUAAGACGUUUUCAGUAAAUUCCCAGGGUUUUUAAUCAACCCUCUGGUUGGAGGAUUCCUAGAAUACUCCAAACAGGAACUUGGCAAAAUCUGGGUAUUUUUCUAACUUGACAGGGAUUGCAACAAAAGAUGCACUGAUUUCUCUUGUUUAGGGUACAUUUAUAACAUUUUAGCAUGUUAGUCAAUGGGGAACUUCAAGCAAAAGGUUUUAUUUGAGGAGGAAAUGUUUUGAGUGAGGAGAUUUGAGGAUUUCCUGUUUAUUUUUACCGCCACUGAUGUCUAUGAUCACAAAAUUGAGGAACCCUGCCUAUUUAAAACCAAACCCCACAAUGUUCACAAUCUAAUCCCCAACCAUACUCAAGUAGGGUGAGUAGACUAUCACAUUAAGGCAGAACCAGAUGUUUUAGGUUUAGUUAUAGUGAAACAUCAGUUCUGGUCUGCAUUUUGACAGUAAAAUUCUGUUUUAUCCACAGGCACAUUUGUCUCCCUUUUUCCCUUUUAUUUGGGUUGGCCAAGGAAUACUGACUCAAUUUGCAUGUCCUUGAAUUUUUGGAUGAAGAGUUUUGAGAGGAUGGACUUCUGAGCUCCUCUUGAAAUCUGUUUUGAGGAGACAGGAUGCAAGGAAAUGGAAUUGAUAUUUUGUACAGUUAUGUGUAUCCAUUCCAUUUACUUGCACAGAGUUUAGUGCCUUCUGGUAAGAAUACCUAAUAUUGGCCUAUCCAGUAAAAAAAAACAAAAAAAAAACAUAGUUAUUCUACAUUGAGGUGCUGUCUGAGUAAUCGCAAUUCACAUGCAAUACCCUAAGUCAGAAUUACUAGUGGAAAACUUGACGUUCGAGAUGUGACGUUUCAAAAACCUUGAAACAAUCAAUUGUUGACCGUUACACUCCGUGUUGGAAAUAGCUAGUCUUACCAUGGUGAAUGUUAAGUAGCUUUAUUAGUAAUAUUAGCAAAUGUAUCAAGCUGGCUGUUGUAUUGCAUUAAGAAUGUGUGAUGUAUAUCUGAUCAAGCACUUUAACACAAGUCAGUCACUGCUCCCACUAGUUUUCAACAAGCACACAGCCAUCCUUAGUACAUUUACAGGACGCUUAGCCGGGAAAUAGAUGUGGACAGAUGUCAUCUAUGAUCUGUAUGGUUUAUUCAUUCAUAAAAUCUGGGACAGCGAACCCUCAUUAUAAUACAAACAACAUUGUGAUUUCGUUCUUAAUGACUUUACAGUGCGUAGUUUGUUUUUAAUGUAGUUUGGAGGUUUAUUUUGAAAUAAAUCCAUGUAAAGAUAUCUAUUUAUUGCUAUGGUAGAUUUUUAUAACAGACUUUGAUCUUUACUCCAAACCAUGCUCUGUGUAUUUAAAGGUUUGAAAAUACGCACCAGAUAAAUCAUCAGGAUGUUUGCACAUAUGUUCUAAACAUCCCAUUUUGGUUUGAUGCAAUUUGUUGUUUAAUUUGUUGUUUAAUUUGUUAUUUAAGUGAGUACACUCCAAGUAGAAUCACUAUACCUCAGUCAUGAAACUACAUUUUUAAAACCUAAUGACCAAAGGCCCAUUUUGCACACACGACUCACAAUCACUGGCUACUGUUAGGUAAACCUGAGAGGUAAAUAUGUAUUCCGCUUUUAUUAGCCACCAGUGGUAAAGGUGCCACUGACAAGUGCAAGAACUGUCCUUGUAAAUAUUGUUCUGCGUCAUGUGUGUGACAACUUGUACCCCACCCAAAACCACAGGCUUUCAGACAACUGGGGUAUGUUAGUAUUUCCACUUAAAGAUUGUACGCUUAUAACAACAUAUGUAUAGAACAACACAUUUAGCCCAAAAUGGGAGGUUUAAAAGGAUUUGUUAGUCAAGAAGUGCAUUAUUGCAUCCUUAACGUCAUCCUUAAAGUCAGUCAUUUAUUUUACACCAAUAAAAUACAAGAUAGGUUUGUAUAUAUGUUUUCUAAAAGUUUUCCAUGUUAGAGAGUUUUUUUAG